AUGACAGCACCAGCACGCCGCGCCCUGGUCGUCUACGGCUCCGAGACAGGAAACGCCCAGGACGUUGCAGAAGAGUUGGGAAGGAUCGCCGAACGCCUGCGAUUCGACACCGAGGUCGCGGAGCUGAACGCUAUCAGUCUUAAACAACUGUUGCAAAACUCGGUCGUUCUCAUUGCAAUCUCUACUACAGGGCAAGGUGACCUUCCUGCCAACAGUCAGAGUUUCUGGAGGGCCCUCCGCAGCGCCCGACUUCGGCCUGGUUGCUUACAGCAGCUGAGGUUUGCUUCUUUUGGUCUUGGAGACACAUCGUAUCCGAAGUUCAACUGGGCUCACAGGAAACUCUACAAUCGUCUGGUCCAGCUGGGUGCGCAGCCCAUCUCCGACCGUGGAGAAUCUGAUGAACAGCAUCCCGAAGGUGUCGAUGGCUCUUUUUUACCUUGGUCGACCACACUGCGACAACGAUUGCUCGAACACUAUCCUUUGCCGGAUGGAAUUGAACCCAUUCCGGAUCAUGUACUCCUCGAACCUAAAUGGCUUCUUGAUUUUGCAGACGAUAGCAGACAGCAACCGAAAGGCAACAGCGAGACGCCCGUAUUGAACGGUGCGGAAGAAGUUCCACCAGAUGACCUCUUCGAUAUAUCGGGAGGCCUUAGCGCCAGCAUCACAUCUAAUGAUCGCCUUACACCCACAUCUCACUGGCAAGAUGUCCGCCAACUUACUCUCGACGUACCCAACUACCACCCAUACGUGCCGGGAGAUGUUCUGACUAUCUAUCCGAAGAACUUCCCCACGGACGUCAACGAAUUGCUCUCCGUCAUGAAGUGGACCUCUGUCGCCGACAUCACGCUCCGCUUCACGCCUUCUUCACCUUCAGUCCCACUGACGACCCGCCUGCCAAUACCACACAUCACGCCAACAACCCCUCUAACCCUCCGCACCCUGCUGACCAACCACCUCGACAUAAUGAGCAUCCCGCGCCGCUCCUUCUUCGCACAGCUCGCCCACUUCACAACCGACGAGUUCCAGAAAGAACGGCUCCUCGAAUUCAUGAACCCAGAAUAUAUCGAUGAGCUCUACGACUACACAACCCGCCCACGCCGCUCUAUCCUCGAAGUGCUCCAGGAAUUCGAAACCGUCAAGAUCCCAUGGCAGCGUCUCUGCAGCAUUAUCCCUGCCAUCCGCGGCCGUCAAUUUAGCAUUGCUUCCGCGCUCAAACCAACUGCAGAAGCAGAAAGGAGGACGAAGAUAGAGUUGCUGAUUGCGAUUGUAAAGUACAAAACAGUGAUCAAGAGAACCAGGCAAGGUGUGUGUACGCGGUACGUGGCAAGUUUAAGACCUGGACAGCGCAUCACGGUCACGCUGCAGAAAGGUGGUUUGGGCGUGACGAAGGCCGAGACGGAGCGGCCCGUGGUCAUGGUGGGACCAGGCACGGGUGUCGCACCCAUGCGAGCGCUGACCUACCAGCGGAAAAUUUGGCGUGAGGAGGCACAGGAAAGUACGCCUGAGAAUGGAGAGCCAAAGGACAUGCUGUUCUUCGGUUGCCGGAAUGCAGAGUCGGACUACUACUUCAAGGACGAGUGGGCCCAGCUUCAGAAGGAAGGCGUGCCGCUUGAUGUUUUUGCGGCCUUCUCAAGGGAUCAGAGACAGAAGGUAUAUGUACAAGAUCUGGUCCGCCAGCAGAGUGCGCGUAUAUACCAGGCGCUUGCGAAAAGCGAUGGCAUUGUGUAUAUAUGUGGAUCAUCGGGCAGGAUGCCCCAGGCGAUCCGCGAGGCGCUCAUCGAAGCAUUUCAGAGCCAUGGUAGCAUGGAGCGGGAAGAUGCGGAAGCGUACCUGGUGAAGAUGGAGAAGAGUGGGCGGUACAAGCAGGAGACGUGGUAA